AUAUCGUGAAUGUAGCCAGCCAUUGAGCACCAGUCAGUUUGAACUGUUGCCUAAUGGGAAGAUAAUCCGAUGCCGUGAAGGUGUUGCAGGCAGCACUACCGCCACUUCUGAAAGCACUGCAGUGUCGACGCUGCGGAUGCUCUCUGACGCGGAUUGUCCCACGGACAAACUGAUGGAGGGAGGGAAGUUGUGAGGCAAGGAAAGGGGUGAAAUAGCCCCUUGAAAGCCUGAACUCUGAAAUAAUGGCGGAAGCCAAUCCACUUCGGGGAUUUCCUCGAAUCCGAAGGGCUGCGACAUCCAUUCCGGGUAACCUCCACCUGAUCUUGGUGCUGAGGCCCACUAGUCUCCUCCAGCGCACCACUCCCUGUGCUUCCACUGACAUUGGCUUUCGCUUCAGUCAGGAUGACUUCGUCCUCAAAAUGCCCGUAAUCACACUCAGUUCUGUAACUGACCUUCUCCACUACCUUGAUGAGAACCACAUUUCAUCUGAGUUUGAUGGCAAACUGGAGUAUUGCCGUAGUGACUGGUUUGUUUUACGAACGGCAAUUGAGAGCUUUGCAGUAACAGUGAAGGAGAUAGCUCAGCUGCUCCAGUCCUUUGGCACGGAGCUGGCCGAGAUCGAGCUCCCAGAUGAGGCUAACGCUAUCGAGUACCUCCUCACCGCUCACACAGACAAGUACCGCCAGAUGAAGGAUGAGAUCAGGUCUGUCAUCAAAGAGGGCCGUCAGUUGCAGGUCAAUCUGGAGACCUCCAAGCCACCAGAGGGCAAUGCUGCAGAGCAGAGAGAGGCUGACCAGGACAGGAGUACGGUGCAAAGGCUCCUGGCCCAGCUGCGGGACAUGGAGAUGGCCUUUGAUGAGUUCUUCGAGAAGCACCACCUCAAGCUGCAGCAGUACCUUCAGCUCCUGAGAUACGAGCAAGGCUUUCACGAAAUGGAGCUGACGCUGGAGCAGCUCACUGUCCAGGAGAAGGCCAUCCCCUCCGUCGGCAUGACAGUGGGCCAGACAGAGCAGCUGCUCGCAGACCUGGAGGUGUUGGAUGCCCGAGCUGAGGAGGAGAUGACCCGCGCCCAGAUCAUCAUCCUCCAUGGGCACCAGAUGGCCACCAGCCACCACUACGCCCUGGCGCUCAUCGUGCAGCGCUGCAACGAGCUGCGCCACCACUGCGACGUGCUCACCACCUCACUGCGCGCCCGCCGCGCCUCCCUCACGCGCGCCAGGGACCUGCUCAUCUGCCUGGAGGAGGUAACGUCCUGGUGUGAUGAGGGGGCCUAUCUCUUGGCCAAUCAGCUGGUGGAUAAGUUCCAGUCUAAGGAGGGCGCUCAGAUGGCCCUGCUGGACCUGGACAGACUCUUGGAGAGGGGGCCCUCCGUCCUCAGGUCAAGCCCUGAUGUACUCAGCCUAGAGUUCCAGGCUAUCCUGACACCCCAACUGGAGUCCCAGAUAACUGCCACUGCUGAGAAGCUGUCUGCCGUGCGCGGAAUGAUCCAGAACCGGCAGGCGUGCCUGCGGAAACUGGCGGACUUGCAGGCCCGGCCCAUCCAGCUGGUGGCACCUCGACCCGAGAACCCCCCGCGCUGCUGCAAGUCCCCACUCUUCUCGCCCAAGCACAGUGUCGACUUUAACUCCACCCUCAAAUUCUCCUUCUCUGAUCUUUCCCUACCUGGGAAGAGAGGAUCUCGGAAAAGCCCAAGCACAAAGAAGAUUGAAGUGAUGCAUGACUAUGAGGAGAACAGGUCCUCCAUGUCAUAUACACCAGAGGGGGAGGAGAACCCACUCCAGAAGAUACGACAUGUGAUCAAGGAGCUGAUUGACACAGAGAGAGUCUUUGUGGAAGAGUUGCUGUCUGUGUUGCUGGGCUACAGAGCUGAGAUGGACAACCCAGCUCUUUCUGGCCUCCUGCCCGCUGCCCUGCGCAACAAGAAAGACGUGCUGUUUGGAAACAUGUCAGAGAUCUACAAUUUCCACAGCAGAAUUUUCCUCCAAGAUCUGGAGAGUUGCCUGGAGGUCCCAGAGAGAGUUGGGGCCUGUUUUCUUGAGAGGACUGAGAACUUCAAAGUGUACGAGCGGUACUGUCAGAACAAACCUCGCUCUGAAUCACUAUGGAGACAGUGCUCUGACUCUGCAUUUUUCCAGGAGCUCCUGAAGCACAGUGCCAACUCUGACCAUGCCAGCGAACUGCAGGGGGCGCUAAACGCUAUGUUGGAUCUCCUCAAGUCAGUCAAUGACUCCAUGCACCAAAUCGCCAUCACAGGUUAUGAGGGCGAUCUGAGCGACCUGGGCCGUGUUCUCAUGCAGGGCUCCUUCAACGUGUGGAUCAGCCACAAGAAGGGCUCCACGCGCAUGAAGGACCUGGCCCGCUUCAAGCCCAUGCAGCGCCACCUGUUCCUGCACGAGCACGCGCUGCUCUUCUGCAAGAAGCGUGAGGAGAACGGCGAGGGCAACGAGCGCACGUCCUCCUACAGCUUCAAACAUUGCCUGCGGAUGAGCGCUGUUGGCAUCACAGAGAACAUCAAAGGAGACAUCAAGAAGUUUGAGCUGUGGUACAGUGGCCGAGAAGAGGUCUAUUUAAUCCAGGCCCCGUCGGUGGAGGUGAAGAUGUCCUGGCUGACCGAGAUCAGGAAGAUCCUCACCAAUCAGAGGCUUGCUCAAGAUGAAGGUCACACCUGCGUGGUUGCGGAGGGGGUAGUAGACAGUCUGGCACGUGUGUCGGUGUGCAUGCCCUGGAGCCCCACACAGAUCACAGGCUGCUCAGCUUGUUUUGAUGUGCCUCCUCACAGCAAGCUGCAGGGGGCGUCGGUCAGCUCCGAGGAGACUGAGUCGGGCCGCACCAGCCCAGUUCUGACGGACCCGGUCAUCUUCUCUCCCCGGCGGCAGCAGAACCGUCGCAGCUGGCAUGGUACCUCCAACUCAGCAGACUUCUGUGAGGGCCUGGAGGACUGGACCACUGACCUGUCCAACCUGUCCGAGUCCGAUGAGGAAGAGGAGGCCACUUUGCUGGUCCCUGGGCGGUACAGGGCGGUGGUGGACGGCCAUCAGAGAGAACCAGAGGACCUGGUGAUCAAAUGCGGAGAUGUCCUUCAGCUGGUGGAGGAGGAUGGAGCGGGCCUGUGGCUAGUGAGGAACAUCACUCGGGGGGAGGAGGGCCGAGUUCCAUCCGACAGCCUGGUCAGGAUUCUGGGAGAGACCGGUUAUUUCACCCGCCAGGGCGGUGAGUUUUGGUGAGAGUGAUAUGGUAAGCAUUAAGACCAGGAAGCUCAGCUCCUGAAGAAGCCCCUUGUGAGACCACAGGAGCCCCCAUCACUUUUCCUCAGGCCGCACUCCAGAGAUCCUCAGCAUUCCGCACAAAGACCCCAGCAUUCCUCCGUCCUCAAUCUUACUGUCUCAGUCUCACAGUCUCCACCAGCCAUCUCUUAAGAGACAGGACAUGCGCGAUGCAGGAGUAACUACAUAUGUUACAGACAGGCUGCAACCCUGUCUGACAGAAGGGGGUUUGGGGAUUGGACUGAAGGACAGGCAUAGACUCUCUACAGUUCCAAGAUCAGUAUCUUUCACAAGGAUCCACCAGUGUCAAUACAGUGGAGUUCAAAACAAACCUGUCAAGCACAAUGUGAAACACAGGCCAGUAUUCCUCCUGACCUACAGAGAGCCUGAUUGGUUGGCAUCAGGCCUUUUCUCAUUACCACACAGUGCCCAGUGUUAUUCACACCGCAGUCUCGGUUUCCAUGGUAAUCAAGCAACCUUGGACCCCACCUCCCGACGGUGUCCAGAGGUAGGCCUCUUCAUGCGAGUCAUGGUUGAGGGUUUUCAGCAAUUUCAGAUGAGACGGGUCUCUCGCAGAGAUUGUUCAUGUACAGCUAUUUUCUUACUGUAUGUACAGAAUGUAUUUAUGGGAGGGUCUCGGAUAUGUGUUAUAGUGUACACAGCACAUUUGCAUACCAUCUACCUGAGUAUAUACUGUAUGUGCCAAAAACUCAAAAUCCCAUGAUUCCCUCUAACCCUCCAUUUUUAUGAGGCUGUUGUUUCAUGACAUGAUAGCUGCCUAGUUUAAAGAGCACAUGAUUGUUUUUAUUUGUGGACAUAGUGGGGUCUUCAAAAUAUGGCCAUCACUCAGUAACUAUGGUUGCGCUUUAUUCAGCUUCCACUCACAAUGCCGCAUGAUGCAAUCUUAACCAUGGGGUGUUUCUCUUGCUGCACACUCCAUGCUUGCUUCAUUUUGCACUGCACUUUGAUUUCGGUAGGUUUUAAGCUUUGCCAAAGCCUUAACACAAUUCAGAAGCUUCCAUCACAUUCAAAACCGAUAUUGUGACCGGUUGAUUGGACACAGUUCUGUUGUACACCAAUGAAAGGUCAUAUUAUUGGUUUUGAGGAGCAAUGAAUUCCUUGCAUAAAGUCAUUUAAAAUGUAUGCUAUGGCUAUUGUAGUACAGGAGAGUUUCUGCACAGACCUAAGAACAGCAAAUGCCAAUGUGUUGUUUGUAUUAGAGAAAUGUAUUUUCAGUUAUGUAAAUUAGAGUUCUCAUGUGAAUAUCCAAAAAUAUCAAAAAGAAAUAUAUUAACACAGCAACAAAGUAUUUUGAGAGGACAUCUUUAUUUAUUUCUUUCUUUAUUUUACUCUUGAGUGAAUUAUUUUGAAUUAAAUAAAUAUCAUCAGUCUCUAUGGAA